AUGGCGGCGGGGGCGCCAGAUGCGCUCCCAGAGCUCUUCGAGAAGCUCAAGGGCCACGUGGAUAACUUCGAGGACGAGGAGGUCCUCCACGUAGCCAACCAAGUGCUGGCCCUGGCUCCCCGCGACAAGGACGCCCUCACCUGCAAGGUAGUGGCCGGGAUUCAGAUCGGAGAGGACAUCGCCGGCAUCCUCCGGUGCAUCGAGAAGUGCAAGGACAAGGCCACGAGGCGGAGCCUUGCGCUCGAGCGCGCUUAUUGCCAGUACAGGCUCGGCAGGUUCUCCGACGCCCUCGCGACGCUCCAGGGCGUCGACGGCGCCCGUGCGGGCGUCGCCCGCCAAUUAGAGGCUCAAAUUCGUUACAAGAAGGGCCACGCAGAACCGGCUGCCCAGAUCUACCAAGCUCUCCUCGCGCAGCCGGACGACUCCGUCUCGGAGCGCGAGAUCAAGGCCAACCUCGUCGCCGCGUGCACCAACGCCGGCCGCGCCGAGGCCGCGGGCCAUCUCACGGACACGGCUGCCGGCCCGGAGUCAUCAUUCGAGCUCGCUUUCAAUGCCGCAUGCGCCGCGCUCGCGCUCGGCCGCACCGCCGAGGCCGAGCAGCUGCUCGUCGCGGCCGAGCGGCUCGGCACGGAGGCGCUCGCGGAGGACGACGCGGCGCCCGAGCAGAUCAAGAGUGAGCUGGCGCCGGUGGCGGCGCAGCGCGCGGUGGUGCUGGCGCGGCGCGGGGACGUCGCGGGGGCCGAGGAGGCGCUCGCGGCGGCGAAGGAGGGCGGCUCGAAGGACGAGGCGGUGCUCGCGGUGCUCGCGGCGAACGCGGCGGCGCUGACGGCGCGCGCGCAGCCGGGCGACCGGCUGCCCGGGAAAACGGCGGGCAAGCUGCUCGGGGAGCUGGACGCGGCGCUCGGGCGCAUGCAGGGCUCGGACAUGGCGAUCAAGCGGUCGCUGGUGGACCGGCUGUCGCGCACCGAGCGCGCGUCGCUCCUGGCGUCGUGCGCGACGCUGCUGAUGCAGUGCAGCAGGAGCAAGGACGCGGCGGCGCUGGUGCUCACGGCGUCGGAGAAGCUCGGCGCGGUGCCGGCGCUCGGGCUCGUGCGCGCCGCGCUCCUCGGGCAGCGCGGGCGGCCCGGCGCCGCCGAAAGAGUCCUCCGCGGGGUGUGUCAGUCCGGGCAGGCCGACGCGGACGUCUGGCUCCUGCGCGCGCAGCUCGCGCUGAAGCAGGGCGGCAAGGCCGGCCGUGCGCUCGCGCUCGAGUGCCUCGAGGGCGCGCCGAUCGCGUCGGAGCCCGCAGUGGUGGCGACGUGGUUGCAGGUGCUGCGGGAGGCCGAGGAUGGGCCGCGGGCGGCCGAGCGGCUCUCGCGGGUCGUUGCGCGGCUCGAGGGCGACGCAGCGGUGCUGGCGCGGCGGGCGCUCGCCGCGGCGCAGGUGCGGGCGGGGCAGGCGGGUGCGGCGAGGGCCACGCUGGCGGCGGCCGGCGGCGACGCGCGGUGCGCGGCGAUGCUUGCGAGGCUCGCUGCGAUCGAGGGGUCUGGCGCGACGGGCGCGGCGGCGAGCCGGGACGGCGUGGCGCGCGCGGCGGCAGCCGCCGACGUGAGCGCACUGGAGGCUGCGGGGACCGGAUCCGCAGCCGCCCGCCGCGCAGCGGCGGCCGUUGGGGACGCCGCGGCGGGUGCGGCUGCGUCUGGGGACGCGUCGGGGCCGCGGAAACGCAAGCGCAAGCCGCGGCUUCCGAAGGGCGUGGACCCGAACGACCCUACGCCGCCCAAACUGGAUCCCGAGCGCUGGCUGCCGAAGCACGAGCGCGCGGACUACCAGCGCAAGAUGAAGAAGCGGAUGAAGGCGGGGCACGUCAAGGGCGCGCAGGGGUCGCAGGUGGACGCGAGCCUAGACGCUGCCGCGUGGGAGAAGGACAAGAAGGAAAAGCCCAAGGGACCGGCGCUGCCGCAGCGGCCGAAGGGCGCGAAGGGCCGCAGGAAGCGGUGA